AUGGUAAAACCAAAACUUUCAGUGUUUGGCCGCAUGGUCGUCCUUGCUUUAUUUCUUUACCCUGAGUCUUGCAUCGCUCGAGUCGGAAACCAGGACUGCGGCUCUACUUUCUGUGGAAACCUUAACAUCAGUUACCCUUUUCGAUUAAAAAGCCAGCCUUGGAAGUGUGGUCGUCAUUGGCUUGAACUGGAAUGCGAGAAUGAUAAUAACCUCACGACUUUGGUUAGGGGAUAUGAAAAAUUCUAUGUGAAAGAGAUCUUUUACGAGAAUUCUACACUACGAGUCGUCGAUGCAAGUCUGGGUAGGGAUGAUUGCUCCCUUCCACUCAGUCGGUUCUAUCAUGAUUCUUCAAUUUGUGAUAAGCCAUACCUUCCUGAAUGGUAUUUUGACGAAUAUAGGGAUCAUUAUAGCGUUAUGUAUCUUGUAAAUUGCACAACACCAGUGAAAUCUUCUCUCUAUGUGGAUGCCUCUCGUUGCACCAAUAGCUAUUCCCUGCAUCCACCUUCCUACUUUUAUUUUUUAGAUCGAGAAACCAGCUCGCUAGAUUUCAAUCAAUCUUGCACAGUCAUAGCCGAGGUUCCAAUCAUGCUCCAGAAUAUCACAGGCCUGUCUACUUUCGGUAUCUACGAAAGGCUAUUAAUGGGGUUUGAAUUGUUUUGGUGGUCUAAUCCAUUGGGACGAGAUUACAACGAGAUCUGCUCAAACAAACUUUCAAUUAACCAAAUAUUAGCCAAGAUUCGGGAUGCGUUGAUAGACUACUUUAACAGUUUUGCAUAUUACAUUAUCCAUCGCCCCCUGGUAUCAGCUUUCAAUGGUUUUCCACCUGAGACUGACAGAACAUAUAUUAUGUGUCUUGGAAUAACAGGAGGAAUUGCCUUAGCAAGAAUGUUGCUGGGGAUAUCUAUCUUGAUUGCGGUUGUUACAUACAAAUUACGAAGAAGGCACUUAUCUGCAGAUGAUACAAUUGAAGAGUUUCUUCAAAGUCAAAAUAACUUUAUACCUAUCAGAUAUUCUUACUAUGAAAUAAAAAGAAUAACUAGUGGCUUCAAAGAUAAAUUAGGAGAAGGGGGUUUUGGUUCAGUGUUUAAAGGAAAACUUCGUAGCAACCAUCUUGUGGCAGUAAAGUUGUUGGGCAAAUCAAAAGCUAAUGGGCAAGAUUUCAUUAAUGAAGUUGCAACAAUAGGAAGGAUCCAUCACGUCAAUGUUGCGAAACUUAUUGGGUUUUGUGUAGAGGGUUCAAAGCAAGCUCUUGUAUAUGACUUCAUGCCAAAUGGUUCUUUAGAUAAAAUGAUAUUUUCUGGAGAAAAUAUGAACAGUUUAAGCUGGCAGAAAAUGCUUGACAUUGUGAUUGGAGUUGCUCGAGGAAUUGACUAUUUACAUCGAGGAUGUGACAUGCAAAUUUUACAUUUUGAUAUCAAGCCUCAUAAUAUUCUUCUAGAUGAGAAUUUCAACCCAAAAGUUUCUGAUUUUGGUCUGGCAAAAUUGUAUUCAGUAGAUGAUAGUAUUGUCUCUCUUACUGCAGCACGAGGUACACUGGGAUAUAUUGCUCCUGAAUUGGUCUACAAAAACAUUGGAGGCAUCUCAUAUAAGGCUGAUGUUUAUAGUUUUGGGAUGCUAUUAAUGGAAAUUGUGGGAAGAAGGAAAAAUUUGAAUGCAUUUGCGGAACAAUCAAGUCAGAUAUACUUCCCAUCAUGGGUAUAUGAUCGAUUUGAGCAAGGAGAGGAAAUAGAAUUGGGAGAUGUUACGGAUAGUGAGAAGACAAUUAUGAGGAAGAUGUUAGUAGUAGCUUUUUGGUGUAUACAAAUGAGGCCUUCUAAUCGUCCUUCAAUGUCAAAAGUAUUGGAGAUGCUCGAAACUGAUACUGAAUUGCUCGAAAUGCCUCCAAGACCUUUUCAGUUUCCUUUUGAUGCAUCAACUAAGGAUCAUGGUGGCGACAAGCCAAUUGAUGAGCCAACUACAUCACUUGAUGCUACGAAUGAAAUUAGCUUAAAUAUAGCGUAA